ACCAUGCUCUGUUAAGCCUUUUAAUCCACAGCCCAUGACACCAUCUGAGUAUUGUAAUCAAGACCAGCCAGGUUUCUUAGAUUUAGAUGAACAUCAAAGACAAACCAUUACACAUAAUUCAACCCCAAAAGAAACAUUUUUGGGGCUUCUGUAUAACCCGUCUAUACCUCACCCCUCAGCUGAAGUUACAAUUCAGGAUGACCAGCUUGGGUUAGAGCCUGAGGAGUAUGAAGAUCCCACAGUCAGAUCACAGAAUUCUUCCUAUGAAAAUGAACAAUGGGAGCCAUGUGAAACAUGCAAGCUGGAGGUACAGGCAUUACUUAAAGAGAAUAAGAUGAUGAAAGAUGUGCUUUCCAGCAUGAAUCUUGAACACCUACAGGUACUCAGAGAAUUUAUAGAUAAGAUGGAAGACUACAAAUCACGUGAAAGUGGGGUGCUGAUGCCUCAAACCAGACCUGGCCAACAAGAACUUUACCCAGACAGUGGGCUGCUCUUGUCCUCUACCAAACUAGCAGCUAUUCACCAAGAGUCAAAGAAGGACUGUCUUCGUCUUUUCCAUCUACUGUUUGAUCAGUUCUUCACUCAUGAAGAAUAUUCAAACUCUGUAGCAUUUGGAAAGCAUGGCAAAGUCCCAGAGGGCAAGACAGUUUUGGAAAAAAGCCUGGCAAGCGAGAACAAUCGAACAGGAAUGAUCCACAUUUCUGGCACGUUAACAGCACAUAUGCCGCUUCUAACCGCUCUCAAGUCUCAGGACGUUUGCACUAUGGCUGACCUUCUGCCCCGACCUCCAUGA